AUGUGGCUUUUAGGAUGCUUGAGAAAUGGAAAGAAAGGAUCGAUUUAUAUUGGGAUUGGUGUAUCUCUCGGUUGUGCGAUUUUAGUGGCUGUAACUGUUUCAACAGUUAUCAUCAUCCGGAAUAAAACUAAAGCAAUGAUUACGCCUAUAGAGAAUAUGACAAGCGCCUCUGUAAUCUCCAUAGAAACAACAGAAAUGAAUAUAGCUCCGAUGACGACGACGACGCCUCCUGAAAUAAUCACUACUACUUCUGUUGAGAGGGAAACCACAAUCGACAAUUCGGAAGACACUUCUUUUUCAGAAAUAAUCAACUAUGAAUCACUGACAACAGCAUUGACUACGGAAAAUGCCAUGAUAUCAACAAAAACACAAAUGACAACAGCAAAAGUGACAAAAACUAACGCUAGUCCAUUGCCAACAAUGAAAGGUAUUGCAUAUCCUAAUCAAUGGCUUAGGAAACGGUUUGAAGAGAAACUCUUUUGUCUUUUAGGCUGGUCCCUAACUGGUUCAAUGAAGUCACCUCGUUGUGCUCACACAGCAUCCGUUUUGCAAAACGGGAAAGUGUUGGUUGUAGGUGGCAGAGAUAGUAAUCAUGCUCUAGCCAGCGCUGAGUUGUACGAUCCAAUCGCAAAAACAUGGACAUUGACAGAAAAUAUGACACAUCCGCGUUAUCUACACACAGCGUCUGUGUUACCAGAUGGAAAAGUGUUGGUUACGGGUGGAGUAAACCACGUUAACUUUUAUAUGAAUACAGUUGAAUUGUAUGAUCCAUCCAGUGAAACUUGGUCAAGUAUAGCGCCAAUGCAUGAGAAAAGAAUUAAUCAUACGGCUACACUACCGACCGAUGGUAACGUAUUAAUUGUUGGUGGAUAUAAUGGAAGCAAGGCAAUCAGCACUACUGAAUUGUUUCGUUUAUCGACGAACGCGUCUGCGCUUCCACAUGGUAACAUAUUAGUCGCCGGCGGACAGACUACACGUCAAAUUUUUAACACUAUUGAACUGUAUAAUUCAACGACCAAUUCUUGGAUAAAUACGAAAACGAUGGCUUUCCCACGGAUCCAGCAUACUGCAUCUUUGGUGAAGGAUAAUAAAGUGUUGAUUGUCGGUGGUAAUAAUGACGGAGGUGUCCUAGAUAGCGUCGAGUUAUACAUUCCCUCUAACAACAACGAUAAUCCGAUUCUUUUCUCUCCUGUUAACAAANAUGACUACUAUGACGACUUGCCCGAUCGAAUGUUGUUUAUUCAUGGUAAUCCGAUUCGUCAUUCGCCAUAUCCGAUUGAAACAGCACUCUGCGUGCGUGAUGACGUCCAUUAUGCAAAUAUCAACUUUUUCUGGGUUAAUGAAAAAAGAUGGUCAGAAUGGCUGCAAGAUCCAAAAGACAGUCUCAGUUUUAUGUAUAAAUGUGCUGUUCGCCUACUAACAUUGUUUGGUUAUAACGGAAAAGCUCAGGUUAACCCAGAAAGCAAACUACCCAAAGAUGGAAAUACGGUUACAACUUUAUGUUGUGCACAGUUUUAUGUUACUAGAGAUAGGAUUCGUCAUUAUACUUAUAAACAAUGGUCGGCGGUUUAUCGUGCUAGUCUUGAACCAUACUGUACAACACCAGCUGAUCGGGAAACACCAGGUCAAGAGGGUGGAAAAUAUUUCGGUGGAAGUUUGGAACUUCUUUGGCAUGUGAUACUUGGACUUCAUCCCGUGAAUAUGGCAGCGCCGAUACCUAGAACUAACACUGAUCCGUGUCAUACGUUUCGUUCUUCUUGUAAGAAUUCACCUUGCACCGAGAAAGAAUGA